AUUUUUUAUUUUGUAAUUUUAAUAAUUUAUACUAACCACCAUGUCCAAAAGAAGUCAACGAAUUGUAAAUAGCUCUUUAUUAAAGAAGAAUAAAACAUCGAACUCGAUAGCUUUGGUCAAACCAAAUGCAAGCCACGAAUACAAGUUUUUCAAACCCAGACAACUGUUUAAAUCAGCUACUUCUGGAGUUAAUAAGAACAGUGAAGUGAUUUUAAGCCAAAUGAUACAGCCAACUCAGUCUUUAUUAGCAAAGCAAAAUGUUUCUCAAAACAAUGAAGUGAUUUUAAGCCAAAUGAUACAGCCAAAUCAGUCUUUAUUAGAAUUACUAAAAGUUUCUGAAGUGAGUUACAUAGUUGAAUAUUUCACUUAAUUUUUUAUAUUUUUAAAAGUUUAUUGCAACUUUGUUUUGUGUCUUAGAACAAUGGAGUGAUUUUAAAUAUACAAUCUACUGUAUUAAUUUAUACAAUAUUUUUAUUUCAUAGUUGAAAAUAGUUAUAAAUACUAAUAGAUAACUAAUAAGUAGAAAACUGAACUAAUAUAUUAUUUUUCUUAUGAUAACAAAUUAACUUGAACUUAAAAAUCACCUAAUUCUUCAACAAAAAACAGAAUUUAUUGGUUUUCCAACAACUGUGAGUUACAUAUUUGUUAGAUUAUAAUAUUACUUACAUUGUUUCUAUGAAAGUUAAUAAUAUAUAUUUUAUUUUGGCUUUUUGCUUAAAUAUUCCUGAUCCCUAAUAUGACAUGACAACAAUGUUAGUUUUAUUUUUAUAAUCAGUUAUAAGCUAUUAUUAUUAUGUUAAUAUAUAUUUUUGAUAAAAUAUAUUUUUUAGGAUAACUUAUUCGAUAUUGAUGAUAUGGAGUUUGUGAUUCUGGAAGAAGAUAAUCUUGAAAAUAAUAGUUAUAAUAUUAGGUAUUAAUACCUAUGUUUUCUAGUU